AUGUCGCUGAACCCAGAGCCCUCGGCGCCUGAAGAGCGGGCAGAGCACCACCUGCCGCCCAAGUCGUACGCCGACGCCGCCGAAGAGGCCCUCGAGCCACAAUCACAUGCCAACGGCACCGACGGCACCAUGGAGGACAGCGGGUACAGAUCAAGAGGCAGCAAAAUGGACGAGGUGAAGACCAAUGGCAUCAGGACUCCCGUAGACGACGACAGGACGUCGCUCGAAGGCCUGGGUCAGGACGGCUCGCCCAGGAGUCCCACAGUCAAAGGCCAUCGUCGCGUCUCGUCGCGCAACUCGCAUGGCUCGCUCGGCCGCAAGCAGGGCGAGCAGGCACAGAACGGCAUCCACGAGAAGCACGCAAAUGGCCAUGGCGAGACGCUGACGAGUGUAAAGCCGCAGCAGGAGUUCCAAGUCGCCAAAGCAGAUAGAAGAACCGACCUCAAGCGCAGAAACUCGGAGCUCACGACGGGACGACAGGCCGGUGCGGGAUGGUCCAAGAGCAAAAUACGAUUUGCGCCCAUGAACGUUCCCCUCCAACGCCGCCUUCAGACCCUCGCCGUCCUCAUGCACACGCUCAGCAUCGUCGGCGGCCUCGCCAUCUUCUUCUUCCUUUGCAGCAUACCUCUGCUCUGGCCAAUUCUCCUGCCGUAUACCGUCUAUGUCCUCUUCUCCAAUGCUGGCACAUCGGGCGAGCUGUCUUUCCGCAGCGACCGCCUCCGCCGACUGCCCGUCUGGUCGCUCUUUGCGUCCUACUUCCCCGCUCGCCUACAUCGCUCGCAGGAGCUGGAGCCUACUAGGAAGUACAUAUUUGGCUACCACCCACACGGCAUUAUAUCCCAUGGCGCUUUCGCUGCCUUUGCGACUGAGGCCCUGGGCUUCUCCCAGCUCUUCCCUGGCAUUACCAACGCCCUGUUGACCCUCGACUCCAACUUCCGCUACCCCAUUUACCGCGAAUACGCCCUGCGCCUCGGCAUGGCCUCCGUCUCCCGCGAGUCCUGCGAGAACAUUCUCUCCAAGGGCGGUCCUAACAACGAAGGCAUGGGUCGCGCAAUUACUAUUGUCGUAGGCGGCGCACGUGAAUCCCUCGAUGCGCGCCCUGGUUCCAUAAAACUCGUUCUCAACCGUCGCAAAGGCUUUGUCAAGAUGGCCAUCCGCACCGGCGCCGACCUCGUACCUGUCCUGGCAUUUGGUGAAAACGACGUUUACGACCAACUCGACACCGACUCGCACCCCUACAUACACAAGUUCCAGAUGCUCGUUAAGAAGUUCAUGGGCUUUACCGUGCCCAUUUUCCAUGCGAGGGGUAUCUUCAACUAUGAUGUGGGCAUGAUGCCUUACCGACGGCCCAUCAACAUUGUUGUAGGACGUCCGGUUAGGGUCAUGCAGGAUAAGCAUCCGGACAACGAUUACAUCAACAAGAUACACCAACAGUACGUUGACGAGCUUAUGCGGAUAUGGAAUGAGCACAAGGACACUUUUGCCAAGCACAGAACGGGCGAACUUGAGAUUGUCGAGUAA